AUGCAGCACUUCCUGGAUAACGCUGUGUUCUUCCUCUGUAUGGAGAGCAGUGUGCUAGGUGAAGAAUUAUACCUGAUCUUCGUAACCAUUCCAGCUACAAACAUAAUUGCUGCCUCACCUUUACCAUUCAGGCUUGAAAGGGUCAAUGAUUUGAAGACUGGUACGCUGAUAGGAGUCGACAAAUAUGGAAACAAAUACUAUGAAGACAAAAGAAAUUUCUUUGGUCGACACCGAUGGGUCAUAUAUACUAAUGAAAUGAAUGGCAAAAAUACAUUUUGGGAAGUUGAUGGAAGUAUGGUGCCCCCUGAAUGGCAUCGAUGGCUUCAUUGUAUGACAGAAGACCCUCCAACUACUCAUCCACCAGUUGCUCGUAAAUUUAUUUGGGAGAACCAUAAAUUCAAUCUGAGUGGCACACCUGGACAGUAUGUACCUUACUCUACUACUCGCAAGAAGAUACAAGAGUGGAUCCCACCUACAACACCUAGCAAAUAACAGCAAAAAAUAUAACUUGCCUAAAACUUGGCUUUCAAUGUCAACUGUAUUUUCACUGUUUUUGAUCAAAAUAAAAGCAUCCUAAAACAGUAA